GCAAUUCCUUAUUAUUCUCCCUUGCAGAAGACGACAUGUGGACUACUUUAAGUGAACGAUCAAGAUUAGUAGUUGAUUGAAGUUCAUACAAAACCGGUUUGAGGUAAGCGAACCAAUCCAUCCGAACGAAUCAAAACGGACCGGUCUCGUUUGAAUCAAAACAUUCAGAAAUUCCGUACCUGUCUCGCACGACACUCCCUCUAUCUCACCCGUCUCUCUGUCUCUCACACCGGACCGGUCUCUCUCGCAUCUCACACUCUUUGAAUUCAGCGACAGAAAGAAAUGCAGCAAUGGGCAAGGGUCGGACAUGGCCCAAAAUGGGGUUGAAGUUGUUGGUGAAAGAUUUAUUUUUUAUGCCUGAAGAGGUCAAGUGAUUCAGGAAACCAAGCUUUGAAAAUCGUCCAGAAAUCCCUGUAAGUCGAUCACAUCCAUAUCGUCGAAGCUUCAAAUGUUUCGUUUAUUUUGCAAGAAACUACUGCAAUCAUCAACCAAUCUCCCAUUUCUUCAAGACCCAUAUCUUAGAUCCAUCUCAAAUGCCAAUAUCCAACCUUCCUUCAGCAUAGAUUACCUCAGAAAUGCUUUCCGAUUGUCCCUAGAUUUUUCUCUUAAGGCCUGUCAAAAGAUUUUUAUCAGAACCAACAGCACCAGCAGACCUGAGUCAGUACUUGCACUCUUCGACACCUAUGAAUUCCCCAAACCCCAAAUCCCAAAGCUCAUCACCAAGUACCCAUCACUGCUCUUUGCUGAUCCUGACAAUACCUUAAAACCCAAAUUAGAUUUUUUCUCUAACAUAGGGAUUUCAGGCCCCGAUCUUGCAAAUAUCCUUUGCAGGGAUCCAAGCGUUUUAGAUUGCAGCUUGGAAGACCAUGUCAUCCCUUUGGUCAACUUCCUUAAGAGUUUCAUUCACAGAGAUGAAGAUAUGGCUGUUGUUCUGGGUCGCUUGAGAUUGCUGAAGGGAGUCCCUGAGUUAAUGGGUCCAAACAUUGAGAUCUUGCGAGGUCAGGGCUUUCCUGAUUCGAUCAUUUCAGAGCUAAUAUUACGCCGACCUCAGUUGUUAACUUGGAAAGCAAGCCGGUUUAAGGAGAAGUUACUGCAAACCAAGCAAAUGGGGUUUGACACCUCAAGUUCGCUGUUUGUUCUGGGAUUUCAUGCGGUUUCACAGAUGAAUAAGCCUACGUGGGAAGCAAAAUUGGAGGUUUUCAGCAGUUUUGGAUGGUCGGAGAAUGAGAUUCUCUCUCUGUUCAGAAAGCAACCUGGUUAUUUGACUCGCUCUGAGAAUAUUAUCAGGACCCAUUUGAAUUUCUUUAUGUACAAACUGGAUUGGACAGCUGUGGAAAUGAUCGAGAAUUCAGAAGUUUUACACCAAAGCUUGGAGAAGAAAGUUAUUCCAAAGUGUCUGGUUCUUGGAGUUCUUUCCUCCAAGGGUCUGUUUGAGAAAGAAAGAUUGGGCAAGGCACUGAAGAUGAAUGAAGUGAAGUUCUUGAAGAAGUUCGUGAUGAAGUAUGAGAAGGAACUACCUGAGCUGUUGAAUUUGUACAAAAGUAUGGCGGAAUCUCCCAGACCAGAAACUGGAUCUGAGGAAGGCAGCAGGGAUGAAGUUAUGGUGAAGGCGGUAGCGGUGGAGUCUGUUGUAAUGAAUUCGAAUCUCAAUAUGAAUUUGCUGGAGAAUGGUCACCCAAUUAGUGGAAACUGAGGCUCUCUCAAGAUCUCAAGGAAACAUGCAAUCUGAAAGUUCAGAAUCAUAUUGUGGGGUGUCUUGAAGAACUUGCAAAUUAGUUGCAGCAAGUGGAGUUCCAUGGUUGAUAAUGGGAACUUGUUUAAGUCAAUUCAGUCUAUUGCCAUGCCUUUUAUUCCUAUUUAGUCAUCACUUCUUCCAAUUUUCUAGCUAUACACAGCUUGUAGCAAGAGUAGGUCUGGUCUGUUGUACUUUAGCCAGAUUGAAAGAUGGCUUUUGAUGAUGAAUUGUUACUGGGUUAAUCUGAACCAGUUCAGGGUAGGACGGGACAUUUUUGUGACUUAACACCCUAGUUAACUUGUGAUGGAGCCAAUGAAAUCCGGUUUUGAUAAUAA